AUGAAGGCCGCCCUGAAUGAUCAGUUCCCUGAUGUACAGCAGCAGCUCUAUAUCCACCACAUCAAUUCGAACAUCCUGCUCAAAUCAAAGCAAAAGUGGGUCAAGGGCCGCAGUAGUAGCAGUAGUCCCGACAGCAGCGACGAGGAUAAGUCUACUCCACAGGUACGGGCUGAGCUUAGCCCGAAAGACCGACAGUUAGUCCACGCGUCGACAUCUGAGGACAUCCCUCAUAGUUAUCGAGGGGUUCUCAUGAUGUGGAAGCUCGUCUUGUUUGCCGAGACUGAGGACGCUCACAAGAAGGCGUGGAGAAACCUCUGUAGGGAAUUUGAUGACCAGCGGGCUAUCCUCCGGUAUCUCCAUGGAACCUACAUGCCUGUAAGGGCCCAGUGGGCACGCUGUUUCAUCCGCAAGUAUCGCAACUUUGGCAUCCGCGUCACCUCUGGCACAGAAGCAAGCAACAACAACAUCAAGAGCUACCUUCUAAACGGUAUGAGCCACCUGUAUCGACUUGUCGAAGCUCUGCAGGACAUGAUAAAGGACCAAGAGCAGGACUUCAACGAUGCCUGCGCAGCGGACGAGGUACUCACCGCUCGCGAGUAUAUAGGGUCUAGGUCGGAGUAUCUAGGCGAACUCCGGACAGUAAUAUCAUCGAAGGGCCUUGGGCUAAUCAACAAGCAAUAUCGCUUAGCUCGCAAAGCGAUGCCGACUGGUAAGAAUCCGUUCCCGGGGCCUCUCGGGGGCUGCAACGACGACUGUUCGGUCUCUGUCGAGCUCGGUAUACCUUGUUGCCACAAGGUCUACUCGAGGUUAGGGUCUGCCACACCCUUCACUAAGUGGGAGGUCCAUCCACGGUGGCGACUACGAGAGCCAUCCUCUCGAGAUCCAUACCGACGGAUUCUCGACCCCAAGAUUGCCACUGCUCUCCGUGGCAGGCCCAAAAACACCACGCAGGCUGUUCCAGCAAGGCUAGCCAUCGGAGCAAGCAAUCGGCAGAGUAGUCAACCAGCCAGCCAGGGCCCAUCAAGGCGUAGGCGAGGUCGACCACCGGGUAGUCUAAACAGGUCGACUCUGGCCAGAGUGGAACUCGAUGCGAGCCAACAUGCCAGUAGCCAGGCCAGUAGCUCAAAUCAGCGCCAGAAACGCAGCCAGUCGGGUAUCCUUGGAGCGGGGAGAACUACAGGAGGACGUGCCAGCGGACGGAAGACGCAACCCAGCAUUCGGAGACGAAGGAGUCAAUGGGAGCUGCUUAAUAGCGACGAGGAGAUUCUUCCUUCCAUAGUAGUAAGAGGAGACAUAGAUAGCUGCUCUUAAUAGAAUUGGCCUUAUUCUAUAGGUAUCGAAAAUAAUACUUUGUUUUGACGGCCGAAUGCGAACUGUUCUAAUAGGCCGG